AUGCCUCCAAAGAAACAGCAAGAAGAGAAGAAGAUCCUGUUGGGUCGUCCAGGUAACAACUUGAAGUCUGGUAUUGUUGGUUUGGCCAACGUCGGUAAGUCGACGUUUUUCCAAGCCAUCACCAGAUGCCCAUUGGGAAACCCAGCAAACUACCCAUUUGCCACUAUUGAGCCGGAGGAGGCCAGAGUGAUUGUUCCUUCUCCAAGAUUGGACAAGUUGAUGGAGAUGUACGGCAGACCAAAGAGAGUUCCUGCCUACAUCACCAUCUACGAUAUCGCAGGUUUGACCAGAGGUGCCUCCAAGGGUGAAGGUUUAGGUAACGAAUUCUUGGCUAACAUCAGAUCUGUCGAUGCCAUCUAUCAGGUUGUCAGAUGUUUUGACGAUGCUGAGAUUAUCCACAUUGAGGGUGACGUCAACCCGGUCAGAGAUUUGGAAAUCAUCAGUAACGAGUUGAGAUUGAAGGAUAUCGAGUUUGCCGAAAAGCACUUGGAGGCCAUUGAGAAGAUCACCAAGAGAGGUGGCCAAAGUUUGGAAGUCAAGCAGAAGAAGGAGGAGGCCAUUGUUGUCCAAAGAAUCAUCGACUUGUUGCAAGACGGACAGCGUGUCGCCAAUCAGAACUGGAGCGCCAAGGAGGUCGAAAUCAUCAACUCCAUGUACUUGUUGACUGCCAAGCCUUCCAUCUACUUGAUCAAUUUGUCCGAGAGAGACUUCUUGCGUAAGAAAAACAAGUGGUUGCCAAAGAUCAAGGAGUGGAUCGACACCUACUCCCCAGGUGACCAGAUCAUCCCAUUGUCUGUCUCGUACGAGGAAAGACUCUCCCAUAUGGAGACCGACGAAGAAAGAGAAGCCGAGGAGGAGAAGAUCGGCGCCAAGUCCAUCAUGCCUAAGUUGAUCACAAUGAUGAGAACCAAGCUACAGUUAAUCUCGUACUUUACCGCUGGUGAAAAGACCGAAGUCAGAGAGUGGACCAUCAGAGAGGGAACCAAGGCUCCUCAGGCCGCCGGUGUCAUUCACACAGACUUGAUGAAGACCUUCAUCUUGGCCAACGUCAUGAAAUACGACGACUUGGUGGAGUGUGGUUCCGAAGCCCAAUGUCGUGCCUCCGGUAAGUUGAUGCAGAAGGGUAAGGAGUACGUUGUCGAAGACGGUGAUGUUAUCUACUUCAGAUCCGGUGCCGGUAAGAACUAG